ACACGCGCAUAAUAGAAAGAUGUGUUUCAUCGAUCUAGUAGUAGUCGUCGGUCGGUAAAAGCUUGUGAGUUUUUUUUGUGACAAUGGAAUUAUCGGAUGUUGAUGGAAGAGAAGAAGAUGCGUGAGACGUUGAAUGCAAAGUUUUGAUCGUUACGUUAGAGAAGAGAUUCGUUGGAAAGAAAAUAGCGAGUAGCAACCCUGUUUUCGUCUCUAUCGUCACAUGGCGGUCUGCGCUAGAAAAAUCAAUACUACCACAUCAUGAUGUCGGACGGUCUGUCAUUUCGUAACACAUCGUCGCGGAGUUGAUAUUUUUUCGUUCGCUGGCGAAUGGAUGUACUUGCGACAUUGGUAUUGUCUUUUCAAAUGUUUCAAGCACUCGGCAUGAGAAAGUGAACGCGUAAAAGUUAUCCGAGACACCGUUGGUGAAUGGCUGGAAUCUCCGAGUUAGAAACGUUCUUUCCCAGUUCAGUGAUCUUUUCAGCGAGUUUAACAAGUAUAUCGCCCCUGCUUAUCACCAUGAUCGGUGCGAAAGAUCGGUGCAAAUGCGGCUAUAUUCUAUGCACAAGAGAGAGUUUGUUAUGGUAUUCGUUGCCUUCUUUGCCUGUUUUAUACUGGAAGUGUUUAUCGGGCUUGCAGGACCUCCGAUUACUUCGACGAGCGAACAGAAGGCUCAUUCGAACGGCAGCGAAGUGGCUACCGGCCCGUUUGUCAUGAAAACACCCUCGGUGUCCACUUACAGUCAACAAUUAUGGGUGAUCGCGAAACUACUCACGUCCAAUAACGACGACGAACGAUACGACAAAAGUUUCCAAAUCAGUGUCUCGAUAGACGGCUUUACCGAGGAUCGUAAACUUGUACCCGUUUUAUCUUCGGAAACCGGACACAAUAGAACCAGACGUUUGAAAUGCGAAAGGCAAACUUGCGAGGAACUAGUGGUUGCUCAUCUUGGAUUCCUCGAUUACAGUUACUAUAUAAUUACCGUUCGUUUCCACGGACUUGAGAAUUUCCACCAACGUUAUAACAUACGCGAGCUCACAUUCUACUUCAAGAAUUACAACCCAGCUUUUACAGAAUUUGAAAUAUGGUUUCGUCUAAUGUUUCUGUUGACCGCAUUCGGAAUUAUGUGUUGGUUCGGGCAUUCUCUCCGAAAGUACCCGUUGCACGACUGGUCGAUAGAACAGAAAUGGAUCUCUAUACUCCUUCCGCUGCUAAUUUUAUACAACAAUCCUAUGUUCCCUAUGAUAUUCUUGGUGAAUUCUUGGGUGCCCGGCAUGGUGGAUGCAAUUUUACAAACAACAUUCCUUUGCGCGGUUCUCAUGUUCUGGUUAUGCGUCUACCAUGGCCUUAGGCAGAACGAGAGACGUCUGGUCACGUUUUAUUUGCCGAAAGUGUUGGUGGUCGGUUUACUGUGGUGUUCGGCCUUGAUUCUGGCAACGUGGCUCCGUUGCACGGAACUGGAAGACCCGACCUAUAAUUAUGUUCUGGAUACAUCCAAUUAUUUCGGCUUCAAGGUGUUCUUCUUCACAGUAGGAGGCUUUUACGUCGCAUACUUGUUACUCUUGAUAUUAAGAGCGUACAGCGAAUUACGCUCUAUGCCUUACUUCGAUCUUCGCUUGCGUUUCUUGACAUUGCUCGCCGGUGUGGUUUCCUCGCUUUGCGGAUGCGUGACAGCGCAACAGUUUGGCGCUGGUAUCUUCGAAGACAGUUUCGCCUCCCGCCUCACUACUUAUUAUAGAUCCUCCGCUCAGUUUAUGGCCCUGUACGGUCUUCUGAAUUUUUACUUGUACACAAUGGCUUACGUGUACGCUCCCGCUUACCAGCAAGUGUACGGUCAACAUUCCUCUAUAACGAAAGAUAACCCAGCAUUCUCUAUGAUCAAUGAUUCCGAUGAGGAUGUUAUUUAUGGUUCGGACGAAGAGGUCGCGUACGGGUCGGACGAGGAUAGUCGACGACCUUUGAAUCGACCGUCCCGAACAUCAACGAAUAAUAAUAAUUAAAAAUGAACCGAGUCGAGAAUUUCACGGGGCAAACCGUAGAUGAACACUUUGUUUUAUAAAAAUCAGAUACACGAUCGAAAAGUUCAUUCAUGGGUAAAUUGUACAAAAUUUUCUUCGCUGUUUCGUUGGUGUGUGCGUAUGUGUGUGUGUGUGUAUCUACGUACAGAUACAUAAAUACAUGUGUAUUUACUUACAAAUACGAAAUGGAGAUUUCGUACGUAACACGUACUUACUUACAUAGGUAUUUAUCUACUUGCAUACUCGCAUAAAAAAAGAUGUUUCUAUUCGAUUCGUGAAAACAAAACUGUAAGAACACUCGUAUUUUAACUUGUUCAUUUUGUUCAAAGUGCGCGUUUGAAAAUGAUUGUUCAUUCUAUGGUUAUUCAUUGUAUUUUAUUUACUUGCUUACUUAUUUACUUGCUUAAUUACUUAUUUACUUACUUACUUACAUGCGUAAGUACAUCGCGCGGCCAUUAAUCGAGUAAAAUUGAUAAUUGUUUCGAUAGAUUUGUAAUGGUAUGACAAGUAACGAGAAUUUUAAUCGAAAAUAAGUAUUUAUAUGAAAUCACAGGAAGAUUAUACAUUCGAAUUUGUAGCCUUUUAGAUGUAUAAUGGAAAAAACUUUUGCAUAUGUCGUCGAUCAUGCGUGUUGAUACAGAUCGGAUGAUGUAUCGAAUGCUUUUCUAUGACAUCGUGUACAGGGCAGAUAACUUUUCUGUACAUACUAUGAAAAUACAGUGUAAACAUGUCAAAAAACGAAAUAUCAAGUUCCUUUUUUCUUUUUCUUUUUCUUUUCCUUUCAGAGUAAAAUUUACUUUUGUUUUAUUAAGCUAUGCGAAAUGAAUAUGUAUUUCUAAAAUUUAUACCUGUUUAUAGCUGUUCUUUUUAAUAUUUUGCUUUCUCUUGUACCGACACAGACUCUAUUCGCGCGAUUUCGAACUGAUGUUCCACGUAAAUAGAGGAUCAGGUGUACUUGUUAAUGUUAAUCGAUAGAGAUUACCUUUAUCGAUAUCACACUA